GGAGAAACCAAACAAUUUGAAACACCCUCACACAUUGCCAGUCAGACUGGGACGGGAGCAAAAAAUGCCUGCUCGGCGUCCCGGGGGCGGCUCUUCCCGCCCAGUCCCGAGGCGAGUAGUGAUAAGCAGAUCUCUCAUCGUCUCAUUGUCCGUCAUGGCCAGUUUGCAGGGGCUAUAGGGAACAAUACGAGAGGAAAAUCAUGCUGGAUGAUAGGCCGGACGAGAUCCGGUCGAGCGUUCUAUACGGCGCGUGUCUUGGGCGAUCAGUCGUGGAGGGAUGAAAAUGAUUUUGGACAUCGGAAGGAAAGACCGUCCAUGAGCAAGUUACCGCUGAGUAAGUAUAUCUCUGGAUGGUGGGGCGGAAUGAUACUGAAUGCUGGUGGUCAUAUGGCUGAGCUCGGGCCUUGGAGGGCGCGUCGGUGCGCUGCAGCAUAUGCCGUGGGCUUGCUUGCUAGAGGAUAGGAGGGGUGUAUUGCGGUGAGUGGGGAUGGUGAGCAGUAAUAUCCCUGGAGUACAAAAGCGCGGCGACGCAAGAAAGAAAGGAGAUGGAGAUGGCUGUGGACAUCUCGGUGUGCCGGGCGGGGAGUGCCGUUGUGCGGAACCAAAUAACGUAACAGUAGAUGGGUUUGCAAUAUUGCGCCAUCUGUCUGCAUCUUGUCACGAGGCAGCUCACCAUAGAGUCCUCCGAAUUCUCCCAAGCUAUUUACAACUAUAUAAGCCAGCCAGCCUCCCUCCCACCCAUCCAUCCAAAGAACAUCCACAAUGGCCCUCCGACUCGGUGACAUCGCCCCCAACUUCGACGCCCAGACCACAAAGGGCAAGAUCAACUUCCACGAGUGGCUCGGCGGCUCCUGGGCCAUCCUCUUCUCCCACCCCGACGACUACACCCCUGUCUGCACCACAGAGCUCUCCGCCGUCGCCCUCUCCUACGCCGACUUUGCUUCCCGCGGCGUCAAGCUUAUCGGCCUCUCGGCCAACAACAUUGACUCCCACGAGGGCUGGAUCAAGGAUAUUGAUGCCCUCACCAAGGAUGGGCCCAACGUCGACUUCCCCAUCAUUGGUGAUGAGGACCGUCAUGUAGCCGAGCUGUAUGGUAUGCUCGACGGGCUUGACAAGACCAAUGUCGACAAGAAGGGUAUCCCAUUCACCGUCCGAACCGUCUUUAUCAUCGACCCCAACAAGCAGAUCCGUCUCACCCUCGCCUACCCCGCUUCCACUGGCCGAAACUUCCCCGAGAUCCUCCGUGUAGUGGACUCUCUCCAGCUCGGUGACAAGUACAAGAUCACCACCCCUGCUAACUGGCACGUUCCUACCAAGGACGGCAAGGAGGUCGACAAGGUUAUUGUCCACCCCUCUGUCCAGGGUGAAAAGGUCAAGGAGCUCUUUGGCGACGAUGUCGAGACCGUCUACCCUUACCUCCGAUUUACCUCGGACCCUUCCAAGAAGGAGCAGAAGGCCUAAGAAGAUCGCGCGGCGCUUGUCUGUGCGAUAGAAUAACAAAAAGGAAAAGAAGUAAAACGUUGUGAAUAUAUUUUGGGGUAUCACUUGUAUCGGGAUGAAUAUUGCUGC